CUCAACUCCAGUCAGACCCAGUGAGCUGCUUGUCCCAAACCAUAGCUUCUGAAGAGUAAGGUGUGCUGCUUUUCAGCUUACAGUUAUGGCUCUUGGACCACUUUUCAGAGUUUCCUGGAUGUGUCUGUUGCUGUGUGACUUCACUGUAGGAUUAGCAAUUGCAAGAGAUUAUGGAUAUCCAUAUUAUGAAGACCCAAGUUACAAACAACCUGGUUCUGGUUCAGCCACACCUCAACUAAACGCACAACGUGCUCCUGCGGUAGAGGGGCUUUUUAAUGGCGGCUCAACAGACUGGGGCCAGGAAAACCCACUUGAAUUUCCUUUAAACCUCAACUACCCUCCGAUUGCUCCUGCAAAUUCUCAGCAAAGCCCUAUCCAAAGUCCUUCUACAAAUGGUAUGCCUGCUUAUCCAGCUGUUGUGCUUACUCGUGAAGCCGCCUUGGAGCCUGCACCAUCUUCCACAUCCAAUGCUGUAAAGUUUCCAAGCGUUGAGUCGUGGAAGCCUAAGCCAGCAAGCAGUGGUUCUAGUUUGGCUAACCAGAACAUCAACCUUGGCUCCCGUGAAAGUGGAUCAAGGAACAUCCCUCAUCUUGUUUUUGAAGACUUCUUUCAAUAUCCAUCUGAGAAUAUUGACACUUCCAAUACUGCAGGAGGGUAUGGUCAAGCUGCGGGCCAGGGGACUUCAACAGGAUCUGCUCCACCACCAAAAGGGCCCUCAUUCCCCAAGAACCCAAGUUACCAACAACCUGGUUCUGGUUCAGCCACACCUCAACUAAACGCACAACGUGCUCCUGCGGUAGAGGGGCUUAUUAAUGGCGGCUCAACAGACUGGGGCCAGGAAAACCUUAAAAACCCACUUGAAUUUCCUUUAAGCCCCAACUACCCUCCGAUUGCUCCUGCAAAUUCUCAGCAAAGUCCUAUCCAAAGUCCUUCUACAAAUGGUAUGCCUGCUUAUCCAGCUGUUGCGUUUACUCGUGAAGCCGCCUUUGAGCCUGCACCAUCUUCCACAUCCAAUGUUGUAAAGUUUCCAAGUGUUGAGUCGUGGCAGCCUAAACCAGCAAGCGGUGGUUCUAGUUUGGCUAACCAGAACAUCAACCUUGGCUCCCGUGAAAGUGGAUCAAGGAACAUCCCUCAUCUUGUUUUUGAAGACGUCUUUCAAUAUCCAUCUGAGAAUAUUGACGCUUCCAAUACUGCAGGAGGGUAUGGUCAAGCUGCGGGCCAGGGGACUUCAACAGGAUCUGCUCCACCACCAAAAGGGCCCUCAUUCCCCAAGAACCCAGCAAAUGAAAGGGCCCAACCUGCAAAGCAAAAUUAUGGAAAGAUGCCAAAACCAGUUUCUAGCCCCAGAAAAACGUUGGCUCCCCAGAGAGUGAGUGAACCAUUCGCUCAAAGCUAUAUAAUCCAGUCCAAAAACAGCUACCAGCGAGCACAGUAUCGACAAUCCAACACCAGCUACUCUCCAAGGACCAAAUGGUAACCAACAUGGAUUUUUGAAUUGGAAGUUGCAGAAUGUGAUGUCCUCCCGAAGAAACAAAAUAAAACUUUAAACUUUAAACUUUUUGCUGUGUGGGCUCUAUUUCCAUGUGUGAUUUGAUAUGCAAUCUCUAGUUUUUCCUCUUGAAAUCACUUGACACCCUUUCAGAUGGCUAAAUUGAGGCUAAGCCAGAGUGUAUAUUUAAAAAGAAAAAAUAUUAAACCAAGCCGACAAUUUCAU